GUGGGGUUCGCACCCCAGUCUAUUUAAUUCACCGUGUGAUCUUUAAUGUGCGUUGUGUGCUCUUAAUAUGUCUGUUUAAUCUGUUGUGAAACUGGAAAGAUAAUAAUACCACCUUUAUAUGGUCAUUGUGAGCGCUCGGACGUGUGAGCCCUCGGGAAAUGGUAGAGUGAGCUGGAAAAGGGUAGCCCAUCAUUCCCCUUCCCCGCGGAGCCUCUUUGUGGUUUCAGGCUUUCCCGCACCAGCUCAGGGACAGCUUAUCGCCCAGUCCUUGAGGAGCGCCUGGGGAUCGCGAAAGUAUCCAGCCAGGCAGCGCGUGGAGGAUGGGUUUUCGGCGAAUCGUGAAGAGUGAUGUUGGGGUUUGCUUGAAGCAUGGUGGAGAAAGGCAACCUCUGGCCAACUGUCUUCUUAAGGAGAUAGCCCGCUGCCCUCGCACGGACCCUUCAGGGUCUGUAAGAAUCCAGAAAUCCUGCUUUUCCCACACGCAGCUGCAAUUCUCUUGGCCGCCGCAGCUCAAGCUGUAGAGUGACCGCAGACGGUGUCCUCCUCUCGUCACCGAGCAGUGCGGCUUCUACAGAUGCUUGACCCAGGAAGUCCCCGUUUCUCUGGCUAGAAACUCAGCCGAGCCUUCUCGCCGCGAUCCUUGCUGGCCCUACCCCGAGCCGAGAUCCAGUCUUUAAUCAUACUUGUCGCACCACAGCCAUAAGUUUUUCCCCUUGCAAAAAAAUGUGUUCUCUUUCAUUUGAGGAUUUAAUUAACAAAUGUAAUCAUAUCACAUGGGGUUCCGCGCCUUCCUUCUGAAAGCAAUUCCGUUGUUGAAAACUGAAAAAUGGGUGUAAUUUGCAUUCAGAAAGUGAUGUUAGGGUCAUGGCAAUUUCCCGGGCCGUUAUUUAUUUUUACUUUAAAGUCUUUAGGGAAGAUUUGCUUAUAUACUCGGAAGACUUCCAACGCCAGGGUACCAGCAAUCCCGUUCUCUUUCAACGCUGGGGGGAGCGGGUGGAGAACAAUUACCGAAUGACGCUAAUAUGGGGAAACUGGAAAGAAAUGUCGAUUGUUUUUAUUGUAACAGAAGGAGUGAGCAAACAGAAAAACCAACCCCGGGUGAUCGGUAACAGGCAGGCGAAGAAUUAAAAGCGGGUUUCAGGAGGGAACAGGCCCCUCCCUGCCCUCGCUUGGAAAAAGCGGGCGAGGAGCGCUCGCAGCCCUGGGGGGCUAUCCCACCGCCUGCAGGGAGAUUUCCGCACUCUGCCCACCCUCCACCUUCCUUCCACCACUCCCCGCCGCCGGCUGCCCUCUGGGGAAACGGUCUGGAAUUGGGAGCAGCGUCGGCGGAAAGGCGGAGAGGCCGCGGGGAAGUCCUGGCAACUCUGGAAGAAGCUUCUGGGCUCCUCCUGCGGGCCCCUGCGGCCUCUACUUGGGUUGGUGCGUCGCGUGGCGUCCGCAGCCAGGCUAAGUGUAGGCCUGCAGUCACCCAGGUGCGGAUCAAUCUUGAAAGAGACAGCGGAAGGACUUUCCCGGACUGCGUUGUCGCUCAGCGGAAAGCACCAAUCACCACGCAGCUUGCCCUCGGACCCUCCUCUUUGGGGGCGUGUCCCUAGUGAGUGAUAGACGGAGCCGCCCGGCCCAGCUCAGGCCAGCCCACGUUGCUGCUUAGAUUGAAAUGCAGAACUCAAGCCUCUUUCAUCAGGGCACAGACUUCCUUUUACUCCUUCCUUUUGCACUCUCGCCGCCUCCUCCAGGGGAGAAGCCGAGGCACCGGCGACCCGGGGCAGCGACAGGCCUGGCCACUGAAGCGGUGCGAAAAGUUUCUUUCUGGGAGUGCGGAACUGGGGCCCGGUUGGUGUACUGCUCGGAGCAAUGGAGCCAGCCUUUGGGGAGGUGAACCAGCUGGGAGGAGUAUUCGUGAACGGGAGGCCGCUGCCCAACGCCAUCCGGCUUCGUAUCGUGGAACUGGCCCAACUGGGCAUCAGACCGUGUGACAUCAGCCGCCAGCUACGGGUCUCGCACGGCUGCGUCAGCAAGAUUCUAGCGCGCUACAACGAGACAGGCUCGAUCUUGCCAGGAGCCAUCGGGGGCAGCAAGCCCCGGGUCACUACUCCCACCGUGGUGAAGCACAUCCGGACCUACAAGCAGAGGGACCCCGGCAUCUUUGCCUGGGAGAUCCGGGACCGCCUGCUGGCGGACGGCGUAUGUGACAAGUACAAUGUGCCCUCGGUGAGCUCUAUCAGUCGCAUCCUACGCAACAAAAUCGGGAACUUGGCCCAACAGGGCCAUUACGACUCAUACAAGCAGCACCAGCCUGCACCGCAGCCGGCGCUGCCCUAUAACCACAUCUACUCAUACCCCAGCCCCAUCACGGCUGCCGCGGCUAAGGUGCCCACGCCGCCCGGGGUGCCAGCCAUCCCCGGCUCUGUUGCCAUGCCCCGCACCUGGCCCUCCUCCCACUCCGUCACCGACAUCCUGGGCAUUCGCUCCAUCACCGAUCAAGGAGUGAGCGAGAGCUCCCCCUACCACAGCCCCAAGGUGGAGGAGUGGAGCAGCCUGGGCCGCAACAACUUCCCUGCCGCCGGCCCGCACGCGGUGAACGGGCUGGAGAAGGGAGCCCUGGAGCAAGAAGCCAAGUACGGUCAGGCACCAAAUGGUCUCCCAGCUGUAAGCAGUUUCGUGUCAGCAUCCAGCAUGGCUCCUUACCCUACCCCGGCCCAAGUGUCGCCUUACAUGACCUACAGCGCAGCUCCUUCUGGCUAUGUUGCUGGACAUGGGUGGCAACAUGCCAGUGGUACCCCACUGUCCCCCCACAACUGUGACAUUCCCGCGUCGCUGGCAUUCAAGGGAAUGCAGGCAGCCAGAGAAGGUAGUCACUCUGUCACAGCCUCCGCACUCUGAUGGGAAAUUCUGUCCGCAGCAGCUUCACCCCCACCCCUCCUUCCCUGGUCUCAGAUCCCACCCUCCUGCCCGCCAACCCUCCUGCCUUGAAAGCUGGCUUUAUGGACUCACAUCCUUUGUGCAGAUGACACUUAAAUAUUUCUUGCCAUAACUUCUCUUUCACAGAAAACCUGACAUGACUUUAGGAUUUAAAAACAAAACUAUGUUAAGGAUUGAAUGAGACAUUUGUGUUGCCCACACACUGUUUUAACGUAGCAAAGAAACCUGCACCCCUCAAAGGGCUUAAGGAACUUUUAAAACUAGUCUUUGGUAAAACCACAUGUGUAUAUUUAUUCUAAAUCAACCUGAACUUUUGAAAUGUGCAAUUGUUGAGAUUUUGCAAAAUCAAUAAAGGAAAAUACAUAGAGAAAAAAGUUAUACUACACCCUCUAAUCAAAUAAGAUGACCAAAUAAGCCUUAAUUCAUCAUUAGGAAACCAAUCAAUAAUUGACUUGAUGAUCCUUUAUUUUUAAGAGAUGACCUAUUUUGUUGGAAAAUAUAUGUGUAACACAAGCGGUAUCUGAAUUUAGCUCCUCCUGGUGUUUUGACAUGGUUCCAAAUCCAGCAAUGUUUAUAUUUUCUAUUGGUUUGUAAAUAUGGUCUCUGGCUGGUGCAUUUGUGUUUUCAUUCCAUGGGCUAUCCCCUUCUUCCCACCCCUAUCUAUUUUUUUCUUUCUUUUUGCAAGGUGACUUUCUGGCAAUGUCUUUGUCUCUGUUUGGUGGUGGGCGGCUUAGGCUCCGGGACCUGGACUUGCCCCAGAUUUUGUGUGUGCAGUGAAGGCUUCAACAUCUUAUGAAGGACAUCUUCUUCUACAGCAGAGGACUCAAAAAACAGAUAAAACAAGCCAGCCUUCCAUUUUGUAUCCCAAACAACACACAUGCCAAGCAUAUAAAGACAAGAGGGUGGAAAAUACCUGAACAAGAAAGCUCUGAAAGAAGUCACUUAGAAACUUAAGUUUAAUGUGAAAUGCUUUGCAAAGACACUUAAAAUGAACUUUAUGUUAAGAAAACCACUGUGAAACUAAAUUGUACUGUUAUUGUUGGCUUACCUGUGUGUUCAGCAAUCUCAGCCCAAAAUUAUGUUGUAACUUAAAGAAAAUGGAAAAUUCUCUAAAUGAAUGUAAAAAUGGCUCGCUGUGAAGUUUACAUUGUUGUACAGAAGCAUGUUUCAUGUGUAGGUAAACUGGUGGUGGUAUUAGAAAUACAAACACUAUUUAAUUUUUUUAAAA